AUGAAGAGCGAUGAGCUGGAAGACGUGGCACUGCUGUUCGGGGUGAAAGGACGAUUUCGCAGAAACCCUCACGACGACGACGGCGGGGACCCUAGCACCGUGCCGGAAGAAUCGCUGAAGAAGGAACCGACGCCACCAGCCCAAAAGAGGAAAGUCGUUGCGAUGGGCAUCACGCUGCUCGGGAUGUGUUAUAUCGUGGCGCUCAGCUCGCGGGCUCUGUCCACGAUCCACUACCGCCACGGCCACCAGAGCGGCAGCAGCAGCGGCGGCAGCAGCGGCGACGGCAGCAGCAGAGGCGGUCACCGCUCUCCCCUUUUCGGGAAUGGCGAGUACCUCCGCGGCGUGGACCACCGCCGCCGAGCGCGCGGCGGCGAGGAUAUCAUCGUGCCCGCGGCGGACGCCGCCGUCGUAGCAUGGAGCGGAGGAGGAGGAGGAGCGAUGGAUGAGCCUACCGCGGCGGCAGCGCCAGCACCAGCUGGCAGCGGUGCGGGAGCUACAGACACAAGGCGGGCUGCUGGGGACCUGGACCGCGGCGGCGGCGGCGGCGGCGGCGGCGGCGGCGGUGGCGGCGGCGGCGUGAAAGGACCCCGGAAAAGCGCUGACGGCGGCGAGGCCAGGGCCCAGGCGGCGGGCGCGGGCGUUGGCGGCGGCAGGGAAGCCGGAGGACGCGAAGGAAAAUAUGAAGGAGCGCCACGGGCGGCCUUACCCAACCAAGGGCAGAGCGAAGAAGGCGACAAGGGGGUGAACAUCGACUCCGGGACACGGUCCGAGCACUUCGGCGGCGUGCAGCGGCGGCACCAGCAGCGGCUGACGCGCCGCGCGGCAGAGCUCCGGGACGAAGGGCCAGCGCUGCCCGGUUCGGCGUGGGCACACGUUGGGAGACUUGCGAAGGGGGUUUUCUCGAGAGGGGGAAGCCGGGUACCGCCUCCCCCCGGUACGAUUGCGGGCGCGGGGCCCCUGCCGACGGACGUUGGCGCUGCUUCGGUGGAAGAGCGGGUGCAUCGCAUGGAGGAAGGCGUUCGCCUCUGGGGCGCUACGUUCGUGCCGCCGGUGGAGCCAACCCGGAGGCUGGAGCUCAUCGACAAGUGGUCCGGCAACGCGGGGCGAGGAAGAACCAACACCAGCAGUAGCCAAGAGGGAGGGGGCGACGCAGACGAGAAUACACGUGGCGAUGAUGCCGGGCGGAUUCUGUUCGUAAUGACGUCCUUCGAUCGCGGGAGAAGGCUCGGUCCGUCCUUCAAGAAAGACAAACUCGAUUUCAUCCUGUUGAUGAUGGAUGAGAUUAGGGAGGCUUGCGAGGCCGGGUUUUCCCCGACCGUGCAUCUGAUAGCGGCGUGGGAACUCUCCGGGGUGGAAGUGUUUGUGCGGGACCGUCUGUUCUGCCGCAGGACGGGCGCCCACGUCCCCUACUCUCUAGAGGUACACCCUUCUUCAAUCGGCAACGACCUGUCCAUCAAGCACCGCAUCUUCAUGAAACCGCGGCUGGAGGAAUUUGACCUGUUCAUCCAGGUCGAAGAUGACGUCAUCGUGACCCUGAACCACAUGCUGCUUUUCCGGGAAGAGAGCGAGCUGCUCGACGGUCGCAGGCACUCGGACGGAGCCCCGCUGGCGAACACCGCCGUCCCGGGCUUCAUCCGCGUGGAGCAUGCCGCGGAGGAGGAAGGGACUAUCGCCGGGCCUUCGUCGGGAGAGGAAUGGCAAGAGUGGGAAGUGAUGCUCAGCAGGCUUCGUCCGGUCAAGCUUGAGGAGGCCGGUAUUUUCCUUACUCUCGGGCCGUCGCUCCCGGUCCCUCGGGGGGGGAACAAUCAGGGUAUGUGGAUGGCGACCAGGGAGCAGCUGAGGAAGCUCAGCGAGAAAAAGUCAUGUGAUUACCUCAACUUCGACGAGUCGUCGACCAAGGGACACGUGGAGACCCACAGCGGCAGCCUUCAGAUGUUCAGGCCCAACUGCGGUUUGCAAAAAGUUUUCCCAGCAAGUCGAUUCGAAAGCUUCUUGGUCCAUCACCGCGCGAACAACAAGCACGGGGUUAGAGGAGAGAGCGUGCCCGGUGUCCCGAUAAGCCUUCUCCGAAGCUGGGUGGAGCAGUUCAUCCGGGACGAGAAGUUCUUGAAGCCUUUCCGGAACCCAUCAAUGGACAGCCGCCGAGUAUGA